UAAGUCAAUGGAAUAACGAAUACACCUAGAUUUGUAUGGAUUUUAAAAAGUCUUGAACCAAUACACCAAGACUUUUAAAAUCCAUAGAAAUCCAUCAAAUUCCACAACGAAUAUAUUCCCUUUAACCUUGCACACACACCACAUACAAAUGCCAUAUAUUCGCCAUCUCUAUCUACAACAUAAACACCACUAUACCCCCAAUUGCGGCAACGCCUCCGCCACGCUCUCCUCCGCCUCCCGGUGAACCCUCAUUCACCUGCUCUCGCUCCCUCGCCAUUCCCUUCUUCCUCCGCUCCAAUCCCGCCGCGUCCACACGGCGUCGUUUCUCUCCGUUUCUAGGCGGGCCAAAAGCAAGAAGGGCGGCGAUUCUAGGAACGGCGACAACGUCGUUUUUCCAAUCUGUAGUGCAACGAUGCCCUUAGCAUUACAACCUGCUGCAAAAACGAUGGCGACAAAUUAAUGGGAUUGUGUUUAUUCUUCUUUGUUUUUGGAGCUGUAUAAAUUUGUUAUUUAAUUUGGGCUUCUCAGUUUAUAAGUACAUCGGGCCUAUUAUUAGCUGCGGCCCACAUUAUUCGAAUAUACGUAAAAGCUUGGCCUCAUAUCUAGGGUUUAGAAUCCCUCUCAUCAGCUGCUGCAGUUUCUUCAUCACCCUAUCUCUCUUCCACCACCGAAUUAGCUCAGCAGUCAUGAUUAUUUCGGAGAAGAACAGGAGAGAGAUCUCCAAGUACCUCUUUCAAGAGGGCGUGUGCUAUGCGAAGAAGGAUUUCAACCUAGCUAAGCACCCCGAGAUCGAUGUCCCAAAUCUGCAGGUGAUUAAGCUUAUGCAGAGCUUCAAGUCGAAAGAGUACGUGCGUGAGACCUUUGCUUGGAUGCACUACUAUUGGUAUCUGACAAAUGAUGGAAUUGAAUUCCUCCGCACAUACCUCAACCUUCCAUCAGAGAUCGUGCCCGCUACACUCAAGAAGUCGGCCAAGCCCCUCGGCCGACCCAUGGGUGGCCCCCCUGGCGAUCGCCCUCGUGGACCUCCAAGAUUUGAUGGUGACAGACCCCGUUUUGGUGAUCGGGAUGGAUACCGUGGUGGACAAAGAGGACCACCUGGUGAAUUUGGUGGGGAAAAAGGUGGGGCUCCGGCUGACUUCCAACCUUCAUUCAGGGGUGGUAAUGGCGGCGGUCGUCCUGGUUUUGGGCGAGGUGCGGGUGGCUUUGGUGGAUCACCUUCAUCCUAAACUUCCCCUUGUUGUCUAUUGCCUAGUUUUUUGAUAGGAUUUUGAGAGUUGGAAUUAUGUCAAACUAGAACUUCUAUUUUGCAUGGGAAUAUAUCCAUUGUUCUAUUUUUUCGGAUAUCAUAUAUCUUGGUUUACGUUA